ACAAAACUGUAACGAUGUGGCAAUAAUUUAUGACGUUGCAAAAUUACGUACGCAAUAUAAUGCUUCAUAAAUAAAUCGUGUUUGUUUAUUUUAAAUUAUAUUUAUUUGAUUAUCUUGUACUUUAAUAUGAUUUCAAUUAUCCUUAUUCACUUCGCCUACUUUACCAACGUCUUAAUAUUACGAAUUUGACACUACUUUAAUUUUGACAAAUCAUGGCAAUAAAGCUCUGUCGGCGCUGCAAAUUCAGGAAUUCAUUUUAAAAUACUUUUAUUUUGAAAUAGCCUAACAGGAAGUUGUGCUUUCUUCUGCUGGGCGCACCAAACACACACGUGUGUGCACAGCAGCAUGGAUCUCUCAAAGUGGUGCAAUUUAGCCUCCGCUCCGAGUUUAAAGAAUUUGACAGAGGCAGGCUUCGGUGUCCCGAAAAAGAAACAGCACGUGGCCGUGCAGGACCUUGUGAAAGCCCAAAUCGAGUCGUUUGAUCAGGCUGUUACUGAUGGACUGUGUCGUGUUGUGGGGGCUAUUCCUCCACUGGAGUUCAUGUGUAAGGAAGAGAGGAUCAGUCUGUCUUAUGUGGAGGCUGUGAUGCACGGUCCAUCAGUCUCUAAAGGAGGAAUCAGCAAAGAUAUGAGGGUCUUUCCUGCUGAAUGCAGAGGCAGACGAUGUACUUACAGAGGAAAGCUCGUGGCCGAUGUGAGCUGGUCUAUAAAUGGAGUACCUAAAGGAAUCAUCAAGCAGUAUUUGGGUCAGGUGCCUAUCAUGGUCAAAUCUAAACUAUGCAACCUUUCCGGUCUCUCGCCCAAAGAACUCAUCGAGCAUCACGAGGAAGCCGAGGAAAUGGGCGGAUAUUUUAUCGUGAACGGCAUCGAGAAAGUGAUUCGUCUGCUGAUCAUGCCGAGGAGAAACUAUCCCAUUACCUUGUGUAGACCCAAAUUUAAGAGCAGGGGUCAGGGCUACACACAGUACGGUAUUUCAAUGCACUGUGUUAAGGAGGAACACACAGCCAUUAAUAUGAAUCUUCACUACCUGGAUAACGGAACAGUUAUGCUGAAUUUCAUUUACCGGAAAGAGCUGUUCUUUAUUCCCUUGGGCUUUGCACUGAAGGCUCUGGUAGACUUCUCGGAUUUCCAGAUCUAUCAGGAGCUGAUCAAAGGUCGAGAGGAGAACUCGUUCUUCCAGAGCUGUGUCUCUCAGAUGCUGCGUAUGGUCAUGGACGAGGGCUGCACGACUAAAGAGAAGGUGCUCAAUUACCUGGGCGAGCGUUUCCGGGUCAAACUGAACCUUCCCGAUUGGUAUACUCACAAGCAGUGUGCCAACUUUUUGUUAGAUGAAUGUUUGUGUAUCCACCUGAAGACAGAUGUGGAGAAGUUUUACAUGUUGUGUCUGAUGACACGCAAGCUCUUCAGCUUUGCCAAGCAGGAGUGCAUGGAAGAAAACCCCGACAGUUUGAUGUGUCAGGAAGUUCUCACACCUGGGCAGCUCUACCUCAUGUUCCUGAAAGAGAAGAUGGAAGCCUGGCUGAUGUCUGUGAAACUGGUCUUGGAUAAGAGAAUGCAGAAAUUGGGAGAAUUGUCUGCAGAGAAUCUGGUCAAGGCCUUUUCCAGAGCCCCAGAUCUCACCAAACCUUUUGAGUAUUUGUUAGCCACAGGAAACCUCCAGUCCAAGACCGGUCUGGGCAUGCUGCAGGACACAGGAAUGUGUGUUGUGGCAGACAAGCUGAACUUCGUCCGGUAUGUUUCUCAUUUCCGCUGCGUGCACAGAGGAGCCGCCUUUGCUAAGAUGAGGACCACGUCUGUGCGCAAACUGCUGCCAGAGUCCUGGGGUUUCGUGUGCCCCGUGCACACCCCUGACGGAGAGCCUUGUGGUCUCAUGAAUCACCUGACUGCCAGCUGUGAGAUUGUGGCCCCACUUUAUCCCACAACCACUUUGCCUGCCCUGCUCUGUUCACUGGGUAUGACUCCAGCAGACGGGACCCCUGGUCAGCCGUACUCCGACUGUUAUCCUGUCCUACUAGACGGGGCCAUGAUCGGAUGGGUGGAGAGAGAUAUGGCGUCGUCUGUGGCUGAGUCUCUCCGCAGGUUUAAAGUGCUGGGAGAAAAGAAGGUGCCACCCUGGACUGAGAUCGUUCUGGUUCCUCAGACGGGUAAAGCCAGCCUGUACCCCUCUCUCCAUCUGUUUACUACACCCUGUCGCAUGGUUCGGCCCGUCCGGAAUCUCGCCCUGGGAAAACAGGAGCUUAUCGGCACCUUUGAGCAGGUGUACCUCAACGUGGGAAUCUUUGAGUGUGAGAUCGAGAAAGGAGUCACCACGCAUCAGGAGCUGUUUCCUCACAGCAUGUUGAGCGUGGUGGCAGCUUUAAUUCCCUACCCCGACCACAACCAGAGUCCCAGAAACAUGUACCAGUGCCAGAUGAGUAAACAGACCAUGGGCUUCCCGCUGCACUCGUACCAGGACCGGUCUGACAACAAGCUGUACCGUCUGCAGACCCCCCAGAGUCCGCUGGUCAGGCCUGUGAUGUACGACCACUACAACAUGGACAAUUACCCUAUCGGCACCAACGCGAUCGUGGCCGUCAUUUCUUACACCGGAUAUGAUAUGGAGGACGCCAUGAUUGUAAACAAGUCCUCGUGGGAGCGCGGCUUCGCCCACGGUUCUGUUUAUAAGACGGAGCUUAUAGAUCUGUCCGAGAAGUUCAGAGGUGAGGACAGCGUCGUGUUUGGGGUGACACCAAAUGAUCCGAAAGUGAUGAAUCAACUGGAUGCAGAUGGAAUGCCUUUUAUAGGCUCUGUGCUGAAGUAUGGGGACCCUUUCUACUGCUGCGUCAAUCUCAAUACCAACAAGAGUCAUGUGACUUUCUACAAGAGCCAGGAAGACUGUGUGGUGGACAAUAUUAAAGUAUGCAGCAAUGACAAUGGGACAGGCCGCUUCAAACGCGUGUGCAUCACAUACCGCAUUCCCAGGAACCCCACCAUCGGAGACAAAUUCGCCAGCAGACACGGUCAGAAGGGUAUCCUGAGUCGGCUGUGGCCCACAGAGGACAUGCCCUUCACUGAGAGCGGCAUGACCCCGGACAUCCUAUUCAACCCUCACGGAUUCCCUUCCAGAAUGACCAUCGGUAUGCUUAUCGAAAGUAUGGCUGGUAAGUCCGGCGCCCUCCACGGCUUGUGCCACGACGCCACGCCCUUCACCUUCUCCGAGGAGAAUUCUGCUCUGGAGCACUUUGGCGAGAUGCUGAAAGCCGCGGGGUACAAUUACUACGGCACCGAGCGGCUGUACUCCGGUCAGAGCGGCUUGGAGCUGGAGGCGGACAUCUUUAUCGGGGUGGUUUACUACCAGCGCCUGCGUCACAUGGUUUCCGAUAAGUUCCAGGUGAGGACUACGGGAGCGAGAGAUAAAGUCACCAAUCAGCCGUUGGGUGGGAGGAACGUUCAGGGUGGAAUCAGGUUCGGGGAGAUGGAACGAGAUGCUUUGCUGGCUCAUGGGUCUUCGUUUCUGUUACACGACCGGCUGUUCAACUGCUCGGACCGGUGUGUGGCUCAGGUUUGCGUGGACUGCGGCAGCCUGCUGUCUCCACUUCUGGAAAAGCCGCCACCUGAAUGGUCGGCCAUGCGGAAUAGAAAGACCGUCUGCCUGCUGUGCGAUAAGAGCGACUCCAUCGAGACUGUGUCCGUUCCGUAUGUGUUCAGAUACUUUGUAGCCGAGCUUGCUGCCAUGAACAUUAAAGUCAAAUUAGAUGUCAAGUAAUAUUUGCGGUUUGGUUUCAUAAAUUUGUGGAAAAUAAAGUGCCUGAAUGUGUAAUAUUAUGGAGUCUUCCCUUACAGACUGUUUAAACUAGAAACUCAUGUAGUUCUGAAACACAUCUCCGUGGUUUUAUGUCAGUGAGGUCACCAAUGUUCUCCAAAAUAUAUUUUGUGCUAAGGAUGACAUUUGUGACCUUGGACACGUAUUGGUCAAUUUACAAUUGAGAUACAACUAUUUAAAAAUAUGGAAUCUGAGGGUGCAAAAAAUCUAAAUAUUGUGUAAAUUGCACUUGAAUUUGUUAAUGAGAGGCGGUGUAGCCGGCCCUUGCUAAGAUGAAACAGGAUUGUGUUUACACUGUCUGUGGCCCUACCGCUGUAAUGACAUUGUGGAUGUCAGAUAUUCUAAGCUUUAAAUAAAUAUCAAACCUAUGUGGGUAAUUCC